UCUCCAGUCCUACACCGCCUCAUUCACCCACUUAUAUUUCACUCAUAUUGCCUAUCAAUUACAAUGAAAUUUUCCAAAUAAUACAUAUAUAUAUAUACCCCCAAUAAGCUAGGCAAAUAACCAAUACCAUCGUCCUCAACAACAACAACAACAACAACAUUUCCUUCCAAUUCAAUUAGUAGACAGAAAAUGCAGAGAUCAAAAUCAGGUAGAGCUUGGAACAUACUCAGGUUAGCCUUGUUGUGGACUAGAAAAGGUGGAGUCUUCCUUGAUCUAAAGAAAAGGCUUGAUCUUCAUUUUCUCAAUCAUUCCCACAAUGGCAGUAAAGGUAAUGGUGCCCUCCAAUACGGUGACCGUCAGCUGUCUUUUGAUGCAACUCCUAUGAUCCAUAUCAGGAUGCACCGUCCCAACUCAAUGCGCUUCCGAUUGCCUCACAUCCCCUGCAUCAAUCCUCAUUCUAAUGAUCAUAUGUUUGACUUUGAUGAUGAUGAUGAUGAUGAUGACUACCAACCCAGAAACAGUUUUCUGAUAGGGAAUGGACAAGAUGAAGCAGAAGAAGACCAAAUAGAAGAUGGGAUUGGGAUUGAUCUCAAAGCUGAACAGUUCAUAGCCAACUUCUAUGAGCAGCUUAAGCUUCAAAGGCAAUUCAACCCAACAAGAAGAAGAACAAGUARCGACUAGCUGCAUAUAUAGCCUACUAUACAUCUUUUUGCUUUAUAAUUAAUUAAUGUAUACAAAAACCAUGCAUAUUUAUCACUCAUGUCAUAUAUAGCYACAGCUUGCAGCUUUUUUUGUUUACAUGAUACUCGCACGGCAUUGUUUCAAAUAAAAGACCAUCAUUAUAUAUCUUA